AUGGAGCUGACAGCCAAAUAUGGGAGUCUUUGUCCCCAAGUUUCCAACACAAGAGGCCUAUAUAAGCAGCCCCAUCCCCAUUCCCCUCCCCUCUCCUUUAGACACCACAAAUUCACUCAAAAUCAAAGAGUGCAGCAAGGAAACGAGAAGAGCAAGAAGGCAAGGAGAGGCAGCGACGAAGCGGGGAAAACAGCCGCGAACCGAGAGGAUUCACCGAGUGAGGUUGAACGUCAAAAGGAUGGAGUGAUGAUCGGAGUCGAUGUUAUCAAGUUGAUCUCUCACGAUUCGUGUGUUCAUACACGAAGCCGUUUAGUUGAGCGGCGAUGGGCGGUCGGUGGUGUUGAGACAGUUGAAUCGAAUAAGAUGGAUGGUUGGGAUUUUGAGUGUAGUCGUGUCCUCGUACAUGGCUUCGCUUCUCUUGGAAUGCUUCCGCUGAAUAUUUUGAAACUUAUUACCUUUGGUUGUUUUAAACUUAUUUCUUCGAAUUAGAAUAUGGUGAAUUAUUGCGUUUUGUUGGAGCUACAAUAAACCUUUGACCUUUGAGCUUCGCCUAUGUUAGCUAUUAAAUCUUGUUUCCGUAUUUAAA